AACUGUCGCAAAACCUAGCAUAAAGCACGACUGAUGUGUCGUGCAAUAGCCCCUGAUCUUCGGCUCGAGAAACCCCAUCGGUCUCUCCGUACGGCACCCUAGCUGAAGUCGAAACAUGCCAGCUAAAGGUCCUUUGCAAUCUGUCCAGGUCUUUGGACGUAAAAAAACCGCCACUGCAGUUGCUCACUGCAAGAGGGGGAAUGGCCUUAUCAAAGUGAACGGCAGACCCCUGGAUAUGGUGGAGCCAGCCACUCUCCAGUACAAGCUUCUUGAGCCAGUGCUGUUGCUCGGCAAGGAGCGUUUCGCUGGAGUUGACAUCAGAGUCCGAGUGAAGGGUGGUGGACAUGUUGCACAGAUCUAUGCAAUCCGUCAGGCCAUCUCCAAGUCUCUGGUUGCCUACUAUCAGAAAUAUGUCGAUGAGGCCUCCAAGAAAGAGAUCAAGGACAUCCUGAUCCAGUACGACAGGACCCUGCUGGUUGCUGAUCCUCGUCGCUGCGAGUCCAAGAAGUUCGGUGGACCUGGAGCUCGUGCCCGCUACCAGAAGUCUUACCGUUAAUCCCCCUGUACAUUUUCUUAAUAAAUUGGAGGAACAAAGAAA